UUAACUCCCUGUUUUCAACCAAGGGUGCGGAGUGUGCCUGGUGGGAAAUCAAAAUCUGCUUAAACCGUUAUUAGUUCUAAGUCUUCUUUUAUAGUUAUUUAUGUUAAGUAUAAACUUUUUGUAACGAUACAGCUUUUUCAAAGUUUUCACCCAUACUGCUGGAUAUACCUGCUAUUAGCAAACAGAUUUGUCUGACGGCCAGGAUAAAAGAUGAUUGACACAAUACCAGUACCAGAGGACGUGCCUUUCGCCGUCCAGUUGAAAGCUCUGUUGGACCAGGAGACCCGGUACCAGCCCAAGCUGGACGGACUGAGGAUAAUCGAGUCGGCGCAGGAGAACGGCCUGAGAAUGACGGCGAGACUCCGCGACUUUGAAGUGAAAGAUCUGCUUUCGCUGACGCGGUUCUUCGGCUUCUGUGCCGACACCUUCUCCCUGGCAGUGAGCCUGUUGGAUCGAUUCUUGUCAGUGAUGAAGAUCCAGCCGAAGCACCUGUCGUGCGUGGGGCUGUGCUGCUUCUACAUCGCGGCCAAGUCGUCGGAGGAGGAGAGCGUUCCGGCGGCCACCGACCUGAUCCGCAUCAGCCAGAGCCGCUUCACGGCGUCGGACAUGACGCGCAUGGAGAAGAUCGUCCUGGAGAAGCUGCGCUGGAAGGUGCGGGCCCCCACCGCCCUGCACUUCCUGCGGCUCUACCACGCGUCCGUCCUGCCGCAGCUGAACCCGGACAGUAAGAGGAGUUUGAACAUCGAGAGGCUGGAGGCUCAGCUGAAGGCCUGUCACUCCAGCUUCGCAUUCACUAAAAUAAAGCCGUCUCUGCUUGCACUGGGUAUCCUGGCCUUGGAGCUUCAGCAGCAGGGCCUGUGUGAGCUGAGCGAAUCUCUGGAAACCCUGCAGCUGCAGUCCCAGAUUAAAAGUGGGGACCUGGUUUGCGUGAGAGAGCUGGUUGGAAAAUGCCUGAUGGAGUACUCCUCGACGAAGUGCUCCAGACCGAGCAGCCGCAAGCUGAGGUGGAUGAUCUCCGGCAGGACUGCUAGACAGCUCAAACGCAGCUGCUACAAGAUCGCCCAUCUCCCAACCAUCCCUGAAGUGGCAUCUUAGGAGUUUAGAGAACAGGACUGAGGUGAUCACUUCAGAAUGAAGAAUCGCACUCGACAACGAAAAGGCUUCUGGGAAAUGAGAAAUUCAAGAACAUGACCGUGUGAUUUGCCCAUAACAUGAACUGAUCCUAACCCCCCCCCCCCCUUCCCCGAAAAUGAUGAUUUUCGUUUAAAUGUCUGGAUCCUAUCGUAAUGGCUAAACUAAUAUUAGCUUGUACUGUUAUACCUUAGUAUAUGAAUGAUUUAAACUCACUAAAACAGGGCUGCCCAACGCUGUUCCUGGAUAUCUUCUGUCCUGCAGGUUUUCACUCCAACCCUAACACACAAAGAACAUCUCAUUCAACAGCUAGAGAUCAGCUGAGCUGCUAUAGGUAGUAUCAGGCGUGCCAAGUUAGGGUUGAAAUGAACCUACAGGACGGUAGGUAUUCAGGCGCUUGGUUGGGCAGCCCUGCCCCUAAAAUUUUUUUUUUUUUGCAUAUCCUUACCUCACUUUGAUGAAUUUGCACUUUUAUUUUGACGGUUCUUUCCCCUUAUUCCCUCGUAUGAUGCUUCUUUUUUCCCCCCAUUUUGGGGAGGGAAAAAGCAUAAUGUGAUGAAACAACAGGCAAGGAUUUCAAGAAACUUUGAAAAAGCUAUUUAUCAACCUUCACGAAUGAAGUGUGUUCCUACACAGUGUGUGUGUGUGUGACCCCACACCUGGGAAUGCGUCUUCAGUAAGUGGAGGCCUGCGUGUGCGUGUGCGUGUGUGUGUGCGUGGAUGUUAUCGGAGCCAUGUUUGCUUUAAACAGUUCUUGGCACUGGUGAUGGUUUAAAGCAAUGAAGUAUUGAACCACCUAGGUCCUCAGUCCACUAUGUGGAAGAGGAGGAAGAGGGGUUUUGUGAAUACAAAAAAUAUGGAACCAAGAAAUCGGGCCCAAAACCCUCAACUUCCACCCUAGGUCGCCGAACUAUCAGAAAUGCACACUCCAACUCAAGGUAAUGAAAACCUUUCUUUUAUUUUUUAUUUUUUUGUGUGGUCGUUUCGGUAACGUAACGAUGUUGUGGUGUCGUGAUCAAAGAGAAUCUGGUCAUUAAUCUGUGUGACACCAAGAAGAUAGAAAAGCAGUUUUAGCUGACUUAAAAAGGUUAACUGUGGCUUUCUUCUUACUAGUAAAAGCUCAUAAUGUAUACAAUGUUCAAGAUGGUCAACAUGUUAAAACAUGCCUUUGUUUACACUAGUUUCACAGGGCACAGUACACCCAUUUGAUAAGUUUUUGUUGAAAAGAAUUUGGAUAUGAUGUGUUAUGCAUGACCGGUGAUUUUCAAUAGAUUUAUCUCAGAGGUAAAUUGCAGUGGUGAAAAUGUCCAUUAAAAAACAAUACUGGUAAUGGGCAGAGGCCCAAACAAAUUUGGCAAAUAUAAAACUUUGGUAUUUUUAUUUCAUUUUAUUCUGUGUAGAAGUAUGACCCAAAAAAAAUACAAAUUACAAUUUUGUUUUUCAGCAAGAAAUGUGAUUGUGUUGUGUAAGAAUUGGAAGCUUUGUGUAAACUGUGAAGUGCAGCACAAUCUAAUAGGUGGUGUAUGUUUUCAAGUUUGACCUUUCAAUAAAAUGUUGAAAUGCA